AACUUUCGCUGCCAUUUUGGUUUUGCUUCUUCGCAGGCUUAGCUAGAGCGCGUACUUCACAAUUUUUUACACCUAAAUAUGCCAGACGGUGAAAAGCCCGUGAUACCUCCUGCUCCUGCAAUACACAUCGAGCGAACGCUAGCGUUAUUUAAGCCAGACGCUGUUCACAAGAGCGAUGAAAUCGAAGAAAUUAUACUUCAACAUGGUUUCACCAUUUUACAGAAAAGAAGAGUGCAUAUGACACCUGAACAGACUAGUGAUUUCUACGCCGAACACUAUGGUAAAAUGUUCUUCCCAAGUCUUGUGGCAUAUAUGAGCAGUGGACCAAUUUUAGCACUUGUCUUGGCAAGGCAAUCUGCAAUUGCUUUUUGGAGACAGCUGAUUGGACCAACAAAUACGCAAAAAGCAAGAGAUCAGGCGCCAGAAAGUUUGAGAGCCAUCUAUGGUACAGACAGCACCAAAAAUGCUCUUCAUGGAAGUGACAGCUAUUCAAGUGCAGAGAGGGAAAUACACUUUUUCUUUCCUGAUAGUGUUGUAGAACCAAUUUCAACCGGACAAGCAGCAAAAGACUACCUCACAAGUACUGUAACCCCAACUUUACUUAAAGGACUCACAGAGCUAUGCAAGAUGAAGCCUGCUGACCCAAUCAUUUGGUUGGCAGAUUGGUUAGUGGUGAACAAUCCAAACAAACCAAGAGUUCAAGAAGAAGGUUACACUGUUGAAGAACCAGAUGACUAACUCUCACAUGUUUGACUUGAGCAGCUUCUUACAAAUUCACAAGCUGUAAAUAUGCUGUUUUCAAAUAAUAAGGAAAAUUUAAACAAAGAUUACAAUCAGUUUGAAAUUUUCUUCAUGGUACAGCUGUUAUGUUAUGUUUUAUUAAGUAUAUGUACAUACAAAUAGAGUCUACUCUCUUUAAAAUAGUGUCUUUUUUAAGAGUUUUCUAUGAAGCAGCUUACAAAUUCAGCUGUUCUUGAAUAUUUAUCAUUGUUCUUAUUUGUUUAGGAGCAAUGUCAUCACAGCAGUUAUUUGUUGUUUAUUUGGUGUAUAUUGCUCAUCAUGAGAUAGUUAUUCUUAAACCAUAAACUUUAGAUUGAAUUUUGAAUGUCAUGAUGAAACUGAGUUGUUCUUGUUCAGGUGAUGUUUUUAGUCACCAUGUGGUUUCAGCGAGUUUGAAGUCGAGUUAAUGUUGGGAACAACAUUUUCACAGAAAGAAUAGUUACAUAAUUGUGAAAGUUUUGCACCUCAUUAACAUAGCUUACAUUCAGUCAUUAAGAUACACAGUACAAAUGUAUGCAGGUGUAUUGAAAAUCCAAUUUUUUUAGGAGCUACAAUAAAUUUGAACUGAAUCA